UUACACAAUGACACAUGCAUCUUGUAUUUAACCUUUUCAUGCACUGAGUUGUCCUGCAGCUCCUGCUCAUUUACACUAUUCAAACAAUUGGAUUUCUACCUUUGAACCUGCUGCGGUGAAGGUACAAAGAUUACACACUUUGUGCAGCGACAAGCGUUUAAUAGAGCAGCUCUGGGACAACUUGGGUACAGUCCCGAGCAGGAUCUGUCCUAGAGAUCAUCCUCUUCUUCUUCUGCAUGGUCUCCUGCAGCUCCCCAGCUCUUUGUAAUAUUCACCAGCCUGAGUCAGGACUUCCAGAUCAGACCUCUUGUCACUGCCCCAAUGUUCUGCUGUCUGAGCUUCCUUUUUACCCCCCUCCCCACUUCAUUGAUCAUCAGCCUAAUUACCGUUGGGAUCUCUGCUUUCAUCUAUGUGCUAACAAAGCCCAAACCAGUCUACCCCCCCAUUGAUCUCAACCGACAAUCCAUUGGUACAGAGGGUGGGGCGCGGAGAUGUGCUUUGCUGAAGGAUGAAAAGCUCAUGUCGUAUUAUUUCGAUGACGCCAAGACCUUGUAUGAAGUGUUUAUGAGGGGGCUCCGUGUUUCAGGGAAUGGAGAUUGUUUGGGCUACAGGAAGUCAAACAGGCCAUAUCAAUGGCUGACCUACAAACAGGUGGUUGACAGAGCAGAGUUACUUGGAUCUGGCCUUGUUCACAAAGGGUGCCAACCAUCCACGGACCAGUUCAUUGGAAUCUUUUCACAGAACCGACCAGAGGCAGUUAUUGCAGAGCUGGCUUGUUUCACCUAUUCUAUGGUCGUGGUUCCACUCUAUGAUACACUUGGACCGGAAGCCAUUGUGUUUAUUGUUAACAGAGCCGAUCUCUCCUUGGUUUUCUGCGACAAACCAGACAAGGCCCUGAUUUUGCUGAACAAUUGUGAGAAAGGGCAGAUGCCAGUGCUAAAGAGCAUUGUUCUGAUGGAGCAGAUUGACACUGAGCUGAAGGAAAGGGGAGCAAAGUGCCGAGUGGAGAUUCUCACAAUGGAGGAGGUCGAGUAUCUGGGCAAAGAGAACUUCAAGAAGCCAGUGCCUCCUAAGCCCAGUGAUCUGAGCUUGGUUUGUUUCACCAGCGGCACUACAGGUGACCCCAAGGGAGCGAUGUUGACCCACGAAAAUAUAGUUGCUGACGCAACCGGUUUUAUUAAGAACACAGAGAGCACCUUCAUGCCCCUGACCUCUGACAUUGCCAUAUCUUAUCUGCCCAUGGCACACAUGUUUGAAAGAGUGGUGCAGACAGUGAUGUACCAUUCCGGUGGCAAGGUUGGCUUCUUCCAGGGUGAUGUCCGAUUACUGACUGAUGAUAUGCAAGUCCUGAGGCCGACUCUUUUCCCCACGGUGCCAAGGCUGCUCAACAGGAUUUAUGAUAAGAUACAAAGUGGAGCUCAGACGCCGCUUAAGAAGCGCCUGCUGGAAUUCGCUGUAGCCAGGAAAUUUGCAGAGGUGAAACAGGGGAUUGUACGGAAUGACUCCAUUUGGGACAAGUACAUUUUUAAGAAGGUCCAGGACACCAUGGGAGGACGGGUGCGAGUGAUGGUGACAGCCGCAGCUCCUAUUUCUGAAAAUGUCCUCUCCUUCCUCAGAGCAGCGUUAGGGUGCCAGAUCUUUGAGGCCUACGGACAGACGGAAUGUGCAGCUGGAUGUACCUUCUCCACCCCUGGCGAUUGCACAGCAGGUCAUGUCGGGGCCCCAUUGCCGUGCAAUUUAGUGAAACUGGUGGAUGUUGCCGAUAUGAACUACUUUUCCUCCAAUGGAGAAGGAGAGGUGUGCAUCAAAGGAACCAAUGUGUUUACAGGAUACUUGAAAGACCCGGAGAAGACGGCAGAGGCGCUGGAUUCAGAGGGAUGGCUCCACACUGGGGACAUUGGCAAGUGGCUCCCUAAUGGAACUCUGAAAAUAGUUGACAGGAAGAAGAACAUAUUCAAGUUGGCUCAGGGGGAAUACAUUGCACCGGAGAAGAUAGAGAAUGUUUAUGUGAGGAGCUCACCCGUGGCUCAGGUGUUUGUACAUGGCGACAGCCUCAAGUCGUGUCUUGUUGGGAUCGUCAUUCCAGACCCGGAAGUCCUUCCAGACUUUGCAGCUAAACUUGGCUUGAAGGGAACAUAUAAUGAUCUAUGUGACAAUAAGGCAGUGAAGGCGGCUAUUCUACAGGACAUGAUUAAAUUGGGGAAACAAGCAGGACUGAAGUCAUUUGAACAGGUGAAGGAUGUCCAUGUGCACUCGGAAAUGAUGACGGUUGAAAAUGGUUUCUUGACUCCAACCCUGAAAGCCAAGAGAGCGGAGGUGGCCAAGCACUUCCAGAGUCACAUUGACAAUCUGUACCAGAGCCUCAAUGAGUGACGCUGCCCCCUGCUGGCCGGACUGUGACUUCCUGUGGAAGUUCAUUGCUCAGUGUUUCCCACGGGAUGGAAGUUCCAGUAGAAAGUUCUUCUGCAUCAGGAUCAGUCACACUGAGAAGCUCUAAGGACAUUUGUGUAACUAUGGUGACAUGAAAAAAGGGUAUCACCUCCUAAACAGGAGGUCGAGGGGAAAAUCCUUUCCAAAUAGUGAGGAAGAAGCAGUAUGUGCUGGGGAACUCCAAACUGGGUGCGUAUCAAGAAAAGGGAUGAAAAUAAUAAAUAUUGUGACCUUUUCUGAA